CAUCGAGUGAACGCGAUGUAUUGAAAUAAAACAUGGUCUGACAAAACCUACUAAAAUCGUGGUAAAAACUCGUAAUUAGUAUUAGUGAUUUAUAUCAAAGUGUAGAUAAAAAUAUAGUGAAUCAAAUGCAAACAAAAUUAUAAAGUAAUAACUGUAAGUAGCUGCAUAAUUGUAAUUUUAAUAAACAGGAGCCAACAAAAUUAAACCGUUGUUAUAAAUAUAAUAUCAAAGAAAGUUCAGAUUCACAUACAAGGGCACUUCAAAUUAUACUAAUUAUGUUAACAUCCGAAACAAACAAUAUUUCUAAAGAAAUCUCUACAGGGGAUAUUUACCUUUUACUACAAACAAUAAAUGAUAAUAUAACCCGUAAAAUAGAGGAAGUGCAACAAGAAGUCAAAACAAUAAAGGAAGUAAUACAUCAAGAAGUAGAAUCAGUUAAGCAAAACGUUAUCUCCCUUAAAAAAGAAAACACCGAAUUAAAAAACAAAUUAAAAUUAUCAGAAAGGAAACUCAAAAUAAAUAACUUAAUUAUCUACGGUCUACCUGAGGAGGAAGAAGAAAAUCAAUAUUUUUUAAUAAAUGCCAUAUUGAAUUUAACUAAUAAUACAUUAAAAGUAAGUUUACAUACUGGCGAAAUCAAUAAUAUCUAUAGAAUUGGAAAAAAGAACUCUAAUUCUCGCCCAGUGUUGUUGUCCUUAAUAUCUUAUCUAAAGAAAAAAGAAAUAUUGAAUAACUGUACUAAUCUCAGAGGAACAUCGAUAAAAAUAGUUAAAGAUUUGAUAGAAGAAGAUAGAAAAGAGAAAAGGAUAUUACUAGAAAAUCUUAAAAUAGCGCGAAAUGGAAAUAAGAAAACCUAUAUAAAGGGAUUAAAACUUUUUAUAGGAGAAGUACCAUAUACUGCCAGGGAAUUGAUAAAUCUGGAACCAGAGUUUAAUUUUUCACCCCGUCCUCAGAGAAAAGCUGCCAGUGAACCAUCAACACCUUCUCCUAAAGAAACUGAAGAAACUGAAGAUCCAGUUUAUGAAGGGAAACGUAUUACUCAGGAAACUAACUCUGAGACGGAAACUAAGAAAGGAGAAAAGAAUGAAAUCAAGGAGUCCAAACCUACUAGGGAAUUCCGUUUGAGAUCUGACGGGGCUACUAUACACAGCAAAUCGACAAAAACUGCAUCCGAUUUAAUAAAGAAGCCUAUUAAAAACAAAGUACAAUUAUUGAAGUGAACCUCGUAAAGUCAAAAUCAAUUAGGACCUGUUUAGUCUGAUAGAUAUGAUAAGUUUUUAUUUGUUCUGUUUCGAUCUAUUUCAGUAUUUGUAAUUAGUUUUUAAGAAUACAUUUAAUGCAUC